AUGGGUAAAACUUCGAAGGAAGGCAGUGAUUCUAAGCGGAAAAGAAAGCGAGUAGCGGUAGAAUCGAGUAGUGACGAUGAUGAGAGCGAGCAAGACUUCGAAGAGGUGACUAAAAAGUUACUGCAUCUCAAGUUGGACGGGUUUUUUUUAGAGUGACGCUCACUGUGGAAUUGUUGUUCUGUUGUUGUUGACAGGAGCUGAAAUCCCUCGCAAAGCGUUCGAGACAAGCUCAAGAGAAUUCCAAGCCACAAAAAUCAGGAGAUUCCGACAGUGAUUUAGACUCUUCAGAGGGAAGCGAUGACGAGGUAAUGAAUUGAAGGAAUGGUUAAAAUUGUUUGGAUGUGGGCUUGGAUAGAAGAACCCGAGUAAAAGGCAUGUAAUGUAAUUGCCCGCGUUUAAAUCACAGACACCUCCCACCCCCAUUCGACUUAAGCUUUUUAGUAACUUGAUUAGCCAGUUAUAUGUGAUGGAAUGAGCAGCAGUUCAAAUAAUUGUAUCCGUUUAUUUACAUACAUUUAUAACUAACAUUUGUCAUUAAAGUUUAACGCAGCACAUGUGUGUGCAGACUAGGAUGAAAAAUCACAUGCAUACGUGAGGUAUACAACUCCAGAGCACCCUUAGUCUUAGAGCCUUAGUCCUUUAUUAAUAAAAUAAAUGGACAUGCGUUUUAGUUCUCACUCCUGAAGUCCCACUGUACGACCUGUAUUCAAUAAGUCUAUUUAAAGCAAGUGGUAGAAUGUCUGCUUCUGCAUCCUUGCAGCUCUGUAUUUAACAAAAAUCAGUCUAUGGUUGUUUAGUCAACGAGUCAUUCAACAUGCAAAGAAAGUAGUGUCUGAUAGCCUGGAGCUUGUGGAUUUUGCUUCUGGGCUAGUGAAUUCUGUUCUUAACUUGCACGACAGACAAGUGAUUUUUUUUGAGGAAUUCAAAUUGAAUAGGAACUGUGAAAUCAAUUCUGCUCGUCAAAAAGCUCUUGGGGCUAGUUGAAAUGACCUUUGGGCUAGUAAAUUCUAGCUUCAGCUUGCCUGAAUGUCAAGCUGUAAAAAUGAUUUCCUUUGCACCCUGUCAUUUCACUGUUUAGCAUCCUGUUCGUUAGCAUUUUAGGUUGUUUAGUUAGAUCAGUUGGCAAAUGAUUUACAAGUAACCACAAAAUAUUAUAGUUUCGAUGCGCAGGGCGUUCCUGUUAGGAAUACUUGGUGGUUUCUUCUUUUGAGCUGCCUGUGUCACUGACAGAAUGAAAAUCGUUUUGGAACGUUUCUUAUAAAAAUCAUUUUCCUAACUUAUAAUACUGUUGGAAGUCAGUUCUUGGACUAAGAACCAAAUUCGCUCUGUAAAGUAAGAAUCUUAAUCAAGAAGAGUAAUGUUCUGCACAAUAUUUAUCCAUCCCACUUCCUAAAUCUCUUGUUUGUUUGUGUGCAUUAAUUUUCUAAAACACGAAUCCUCUCACUCGCUGUUAAAACACGACUUGCAAGUAAACAAGACUUUGGCACUUUUUCUGUUUUGCUUUGAGCUUUUCCCUUGAAAUGAAGGACUUCAUCUGAUACUUUCUGGAUUCUAAGUGAUCUACUAUGAUCUCUGAACAUUUUGAUGACUACUGGACUGUAGGGCAGCUUAUAAAUAUGUAUUCAAGGUGGCUGGGUAUUCUGAUGGUACAAUGUAUUUUUCUUAUCUGAAUGUAUUACAGUCAUAUAAGCAAGUACAUGUGACGAAAAAACAUGUUCUAAUUGGGAGCAAACGUGACAUGUUUUGGUGCCAAACAUUCGAAGUUUGGAGGAGGUAGCUGUUGUUGACUUGAUUUGUUUUUGCUCAACAAAACAUUCUUUGCAAGAAUUUUUAGACGUGAAGAAUAAUUUCUGGAGGCAAGUGUGCUGUUUCUGAGCAAGAAAUAUGCGGCCCUCAGAGUUGAGAAAAAUGAAAUGUGAGUGGAACACGCUGGUCAAAAAUAAAAUAAACAACUUACCGUUGGUGCGACAGUUUGCUUUAAUGGCUGUCAAACUUCAAAUGUUUGGCUGCAAAACACGUCAUGUGGCAACCCUAUUAGAACAUGUUUUUUUUGUCUCGUGUCCAUGCUUAGAUGCAAGUGACGGUAUUGCUGUUUGCGGAUUUCAACAUAUUUUCUUAGGUGUUGUACAAUGUAUGUUUUUUCUCUUAGUGGACAAUGGAUUCUGAAAAUGGUAAAGGAAAAGGGAAAGCUAAAGCAAAGGAAAAGGUGAAGAAAGGAGGCAAGAAAGCUGCUUCAUCCUCAGCAUCUUCUUCAGAAGAAAGUGGUGAAACUUCAUCUGGUGGUGAGACAUUCCUUUUUAUUCAGGACAAGUUAAUACAUAAGUUCUUCAGACAAAGUCAGUUUUUCGCUUUCAGCCAUCUUUCUCAAAACCAGUUACGUUGUCAGUAGGUCAGCGUGCAAAGAAAGUAGUGUCCGAUAGCCCAAGGCUAGUGGAUUUUACUAUCAGGCUAGUGAAUUCUGUUUUUAACUUGCCUGAUGGGCAAGGGAUGUUUUUUGAGGAAUUCGAAUAAAAGAAGAACUGUAAAAUUCUGCUAGUCAAAACGUUUUUGGGGCUAGUUGAAUUGACAUCUGGGCUAGUAAAUGAUAGCUUCAGCUGGCCCGAAUGCCAAGCUCUAAAAAUGAUUUUCUUCGCACCCAGGUAGGUGGUAAUUACAACAACAUUCAAGCUUCGUUUUGCAUCUAGGUAAUCCCACCUCAACUACACCAUGGGGGAGGGGGCUGUAGGUAGAGAGACUUUGCAUUUUGUAGAUGUGGAGGACCACUGUAGUGUACCAAUGUGACUGUAAUGGGUUCAGCUCUGUGUCUGGUUAUACCUUCAUUUAAUACUUUUGUAUCCUUACAGCAACCCAAGUCAAGUGUACCCCCCAAGAUUACAUUAAUGAAUUUAUUAUUUGAAAGUUGAAUCCGUUGGUAGCUGUAGAUUUCAGAUUCAUUUCUGCAUUCUUGCAUGCAUAAAGAGCUGUGAAUUCACACACGAUUCAGUUAUGAAAUUUCUACCAGCUAAGUUUUCCUGAACUUGAUGUAAGUGUCUUCUAUGAAAUUUAACCCAUUUAAAGAUUUUCAAUGUGACCAAAUACAGAGAAGUUCUCGUAAAAUAUUCGCUGCUCAGUGCGCGUGCAGGAAUGCCGAUAUGAAUUUAACACUAGUUACCGGAACGACUAACAGAUUCAUUUUUUAAAUGGUCAAUUCAUUAACAGAAUCUUGGAGGGUACGCUUGACCUGCCUCGACUGUAAUGGUGUGGGUUUUUUUUUAAUUCAAAUAAACAGAGUCAUCAUCAUCAUCAUCAUCAUCAGAAGAUGAAGAGGAUGAACAGUACCAUGAUGGGUGGGAUGAUAAUCUCAUGGGAGAUGAAGCAGAUAGGGAGAGACUCGAAAAAAUGACUGAGAAAGAACGUGAGCAGGAAUUAUUUAACCGUGUUGAAAAAAGAGAGGCCCUCAAGACAAGAUUUGAAAUUGAAAGGAAGUUGAGGCUUGCCAAGAAAAAAGAAAAGAAGAAGAAACGCGAGAAAGAAAAGGCAAAUCUUGAAAAAGAAGGUAUUGCUUUAAGGAAAAAGGAGCGCAAGAGACAUAUUGAAGAAAAGAAAGCCAAGGCAUUGGAUGAUUUAAAGGCUAAACGAUCUGAGAAAAAGGAGAAGAAAGCAGCAGAAACUGUUGCAGAACCGAAGGAGCCACAGCUAAAGGCCAGUGACGUGUUUACUGAUGAUGAAGAUGAAGAUGAGCAAGAGGAAAGCAAAUCAAGUUCAGGAGAAGGAUCUUACAGAGAAUCUGAAGAUGAGUAAGUAAUACUCUAAUUAGAUAUUUCUACAAUGCUUUUGUCAAAUUGUCUCUGUUUAUAGGGGAGUUAAAUUUUGGCUCACUGAAAACAGAAGGCCAGCUGUUGCUUUCAUUUUUUUUUUUCAGGUUAAAGGGAAAUGUACAUCUGCAUGUAAUACCCUUUAACUGUCAAACUCAGAAAGCCAUAAACACAUUCAUGUAAAAUACCCUUGUUUUUGCCCUUUGCUUUGAUUGUUUUUAUUAUGUUUUAGACAAGUUGAAGACGAGCCUCUUAGAGUUAGUACAAUUGAUGAUCUUGAAAGAAUAAGAAUUUCAAGACACAAGCUGGAAAGGUCAGUAAUGAGUCACAAGCCAAGGUGGAUUUGCUUAUUGAACAGAAAAGUUUCCUUUCUCAAUAGAUGAUUUACAUCUGAGGAUUCAGAGCUGUUCUUGCAUUUACUUCUAAUCAUUUUUAAUGAAAACAUAUAAUAUAUUUUUUGUAAAUUUUUCUUUUUUUAUUAGGUGGGUGCACAUGCCAUUCUUUGGCAAGAUCAUUGCUGGAUGUUUUGUCCGUGUUGGAAUUGGAAACCAUGAUGGAAGACCAGUAUACCGGGUAAAAGAUUCUUUGAAUCUCAGAUAGUUUAUCAACAAGCAUUACCAUGCCCAUUCCUCAAGCCAUGCAAUUUUUUCAGCUGUCGGUUUAAUGAUCUUGAUGAGUACGUACCAUGAAUUUUUGCUGAUUAACCUGACUCAUACUUUACAAGAUACUUAGUUCAUAAGGGGUUUUGGUUGGGCUAUGUGGGGAGGGGGCUGCCCAAGAAGUGCUCCAAGUCACCCGAUGAAACGUAAAUGUCUGUUUCUCACAAAUUUAUCUAAUGUCUAUUAAGUUGUAGCUUUGAAUCCUUGCGCCAAAAUGCUGAACAAUUUAUUUGAAGUCAUGAUUUGAUCAAUGCAAUGAAAAUUAUUUACUGCUCUUCAUUUACAAGAAGUUGAACACACAAGUGAAUUGAAGGCAUACAUAAUCUGUUAGUUUGCCAGAAGUAUUGUUACUCUGUUUAUUAACCCUUUAGGUCCCAAUAGUGACCAAGAUCAAUUUUCUCCUAACAAUAUCCAUACAUUGUCAACGGAUAAGUUAUGAGAAUUUAAAAAAUGAUCACCUAAGUAAAAAUGCCUUGAUCUUUUAACAAAUUCUCUUAACUCAUUCUUUAAGGAAAUGUAUAGAGAUCAGUUUGGAGAAUUUGUAUGUAGAUACUGGGGCUUAAAGAGUUAACUACAUGUACAUGUAUGACAUUUGUAUGUACUGUUUCCAGGUUGCGGAGAUAAGAGAUGUAGUGGAAACAGCAAAAGUUUACACUUUAGGGAAUACCAAAACAAACAAGGGAUUAAAACUAAGGUAAGGUCUUCAGCGAAGCUUUUAUUACUUUAUGAAUUAUAUAUUAUUAAGUACAUAUGCAACUUUAGCUAAUUCUAUACAGUGUGAUUAUACUAGAAAUUAAGUGGUUGGUUUGAUCUUCACAAAUGUGCUGCCCCACAUUUUCUAGGAGACUCACAAAAAAUUGCCACCUUGGGCUAUUGACAUUAAUGUAUACUUUUUUUUGAUUGAUGCUUCCCUCUGUAAAAGACUUUAUAAGAAUUUUAAAUUUAUUAUUUUAUAACAUUUUUAAUAGUUUGCAAAAUGGAUUUAUUUUAUUUUUAUCUCUCCUUCUUUUAGACAUGGUAAUCAGGAAAGAGUGUUCAGACUUGAAUUUGUGUCAAACCAAAGAUUUACUGAUUCAGAAUUUGCCCGAUGGAAGGAAGAGGUAGAUAAUAAUACUACUUCCACCUCCCAACACCACCCCCCCUCCCCUGCAAACAGACGCUGUGUUCUACCCAUAAAUUAUCAAUCACUGUUAGUUGUUGUCAGUCAACAUGAUGCAAGAUGACUGAUAAAGUGUGACCGUGAUUAAUAACUAAUAAGCUAAUGGAACUGUGUGAAGUCUUUUGAAAGGACUACGGAUAGAUUUUUUGACUAGAUUUAUAGGAGAAAAGAACCCACUGAUUUACAAGCUCUGUACUAUUACAGUGCAGUUGAUGAUGUUAAAUUGUCAAGAUGUUUUGACUGUCCAUUUACAAUAUUUAUUAUUGCUUACUUAAUUAACACCUGCUUCUCGGCUACUAGUGGCUGAUCAGAUUCAAGAAUUUUGUUGUAGCUUUGAUUUAAGGGUAAAUUAUAUGGCUAUAAAUACCACUAGGAAAUUUUAAUUUGAUCAUACGAACAAAGCUGUCAUCAAGGCUCAGUUCAAAAUGUCAAACUUUUCAUGUACCGAACCUUAUCCCUCUAGUUAAGUACUAGAAAAGAACACUGUUUAGAUCAGUAAUGAUCUUAACAUUGUUCUUUUCUAAACAUUAGACAUGUCUGACCAAUUAUUGGUCAGACAUGUCUAAUUAAUUUUGUGUCGACCCAUGAAUUAAGAUUGAGGCACCCACAUGAGAACUUCAACUGGAGCAACUUCAUUUCAAACCUCAAACUUCUCAUGUGCUGAACCUGAUACAUAAGUUAGUACAAUUAUAAUUUAUUUUCACUGGUAAGCAUUAUACAUGUAGACUUGUACAUGUAGAUCAUUGUACGUCAUGGAAAUGAAUUGAGUCCAACUUAUUGAGUUUGACAUAUGGAUCAACUGUCAAACUUUUCUCAUUUGGGUCGACCUCAAUAGGUAUUUAGUUGGAUACAUGAGAAUUUUAGCCUAAGGGCUGUAACCUGUAACCAUUGUUAUAGUUGAGCUCACUUGAUGUUACAGGUGAUCAAAGUAGAAAGCUAAAGAUAAAACAAGUUUUUAGGCUGUGAGAUGUUACGGGUGAGGGACUGUAUCAAAACUUGAUGACAGCCCUGAUCAGCACUGAAAGUUCAUAAAAUUAAUUACUGUAGAACCUCGAUAACUGGAAAUUGGAUAAGUCGAAUUCCCCUCUAACUCGAACUAAAUUUCCUUUCCCUUGAUCACAGUUUCAUUGAAAUUUACCCCGAUAACUUGAAUUCCCCGCUAACUCGAACCAUUUUUUGUUUCCCUUCUGAGUUUGAGUUACCAGGGUUCUGCUGUAUUCUCUUAAAUUUUUUCCUAAAACCAAAACAUUUACCAAAAAUUUUUUUAGUGCGAGGCUCAUGAUAUUCCUAUACCAACCCUGGAUGAAGUGGAUAACAAAGCCAAACAGUUUAAUGAAGCGAGAUAUUAUUCUUACAAAGAGGACGAUAUUGAUAAGGUAAGUGAAUAGGUCGACCUGCACUGAUUCCAAACAAGGUUUGUGAUUGGUGACAUAACAAUGCUCCUAUCCCUGGAAACAAUAGGUAGUGCAGGUUAUAGGGACCAAUGAAAUAAGAGGUUUGGAAGGGUGUUGGUCAAUAGAGGUGAACUGGUCUUAGUGUCUCAGGUUUGUUUGUCAGUUAUCACAUUAAUAAAGAAAUUACUACACUGACAGUAAUUUUCAUUUUGGUACAAAAAAAUUACAUAAUUGGAGUUGUUUUAACUCCCAUUUUAAAUCUGGGCUUAAGAUCACUCUUGAGGUGCAUAUGAUAUGCUUUUAAAUUACCAUUUUGACUCUAACACAAAGGAAAUUAAGUAAUUUCGUUUCUAUGGCUAACUUAUGUUAAAACCCACGAGUAAGAACGUGCAUUUUCCUAAGUUAGUCUAAACAUGUUCUUACAUAAAUGGUAAUGAGCACAUAUUUCGGCUGUUGAUUUUAGGUUCUUAUUUUCUGAAGAAAAAAUACAUUGUAGCUAAGAGCAUUUAGUGGUGGAGAAUAAUCAUUCAGCUGCUUCCUUAUAUAAAAUCUCAAUGCUAAAUUGUUUUUGCAGUUAGAGUGAUAAGGUAACUAUGUCUCCAAAGGUGAUUCUGAAUGUUGACUCAUCGUUUAAAGGUUAUUUACCUAAAGCGCUCUUUGUUUUAUGCCAUAAUUAACUAUCAUUUAAGACCGGUGAACUGAAAAAUGUCGAGAAGUUGGUGAAGCAAAGAUUUCAAGCCUUUUUAAAAGUCUUGUUAGAAUAGACUGGGAAUGUGCAUUUUUGUACAAUCUGUGAGGUUAUAUUCCUGGUAGGUGGUCUUUGAAAAUCGAAUGUGGACCCUGAAAAGUUCUUGAAAAGUCCUUGAAAAAUGGUUCCAAUUUUCCGUAUGAGCCCCGGAUUUACCCUCUCCCUGGUUAUUUAAUUUUUCUAGAUUGUAGCCGAGAAGCAGAAGUUUCGAAAAACACCCUACAACUAUGCUCAGAAGAAAAAUCACUUAAUGCGAUCAAAGGUUUGUGUCUACAACUUACUAGUAGGGAGUUUAAAGCAAAGACGUUUUUAAAGGGAUGCACGUCAACCGGAAGUGAGCCUUUCUCCCUUUUUAUAUGCCUUGACGCUAACAAAUUUGUAUCGCUAAGUUUCUUUUCUCUUAUAAAGACGAUUAACCCGAGAGUUUCAAACAAACCACUGCCCAGUGACGCAAAAAGUCCACUUCCGGUUGACGUCCAUGGCUCAAAAAAGCUGUUGCUUAAACAUUUCGAUGCGUUUAGGCCCUCUGUGCACACUAAUACGCUGAGCGUUUUCAUCGAAAACGCACUGAUUUGAAAACGCUCUUAAAAGUGGAUCAAACUCUAAGACGCAUCGUAGACGCUUGUGUGGACGGUUUACGGUCAUCUCGCUAGCCUGAGUAUCAGGCCUUCCUAAGGGGCUAGGGGAGAGGAGAUUUUAGAUGGGGGAGGGGGGAGAGGGAGAAGAGAAAGGAAGUCAGGCGUUUCUCUCCUUCAGCCCUCUCCCUUUCUCGCUUCCAUCUUUCCUCUUUUCUCCCAGAAACCCCUGAUACUCAGGCUAUCAUCUCAGGGUUGUCAUUAAGAGCCGGGAGCCGGGGAUUUUCCCCGGCUACUAAGAGAGUAGCCCCCGGCUACUUUUAUUGGAAAAUAGAAGAAAAAUAGAACCAAAAGAAAUCCCCAGCCGUUUGAUUCCCCGCCUACUUGUUGUAUUUACCCGGCAACUUGAAAUCUUAGUGACAACCCUGAUCAUCUGGCCACCAGGAAGCCUAGCCGCCGCCGCGAGGUGACCGGAUACCGUGUGGACCAGGAGGGUGAGGACGGUCGAAAACGCAUCAAAAUAAAAACUAUGACCGAAAAUAUCGCAGGCGCGUGUGUUUUAGCAUGCGCAGAGAGUUCAACUUACGUCCCAACGUGCAAUUCUAUCGUUUUCAAACGUUUUUUGGCGCCUCAAAACGGUAGUGUAGACGCGAAUUGAUGGUUUUCAGUGACAACGAAAACGCAUACUUUUGAAACCGCAUUAGUUUGGACAGGGCCUAAAACUAGACUCGAUUAUUAGCCGCUAUUCAGGAAAUGAACAGCACUCGGGGAGGAACAAGACCGGCGCCGAGAUAGGGGUAGAAAUCAAGCCGGUCUAAAGCUUGAAAUCUAUGAUAUACGUUGUACCCCCCUCCCUCCCCACCCCAAGAGCGGACCCGAGAUAGCGGUGGAAAUCGAGACCAAACAUUAUAGCCCCACUCUCUCGGCCCCACCUCGCCCCCCCAAAAAAAAAAUAGAUUUUGGCAUUAUAGAAAAGUUGUAAAUUAAGGUCUUAAUUCUUGAACUCUUUUGACAUUUGGAGGGAGUUGGGCAUCGUAUUUUCAGCAUUCAAAAGUUCCCGCAUGUUUUUUUUUUUUGCUCUUAGUAAAAUGCAAAACCUUAUUGGAACAAUUUCAUUAUUAUUAUUAUUAUUAUUAUUAUUAUUAUUAUUAUUAUUAUUAUUAUUGUUAUGAAGGAAAUAGCGGAGCAAACGGGAAACAGAGAAGAAGCAGAAAAACUACGCAGUGAACUUGAAGAAUUAGAAGAGAAAGCCUCGCACCUCGACAAAGUGCGAUCCAAAAAUCUCAGCGCAAUCAGGUAUGGAAUGUUAGAGAUACCUUUAUGAGUUGUUUACUUGUCGAGUCCUUGUUUGACGUUUGGGUCGUGCUGUUUGUAAUGUUCAAUUGCAUUGAAUUUAAAUUUAAAUACUCAGUUAUCUUCUUCCCUUAUGGGGCUUCUCUAAAAGUAACUCAAAUGGAACGUAACAUGGUUAAGAAUUCCAACUGGUUGGAGGCUAACUAGUUGGCUAUUUUAGAACUUAGCGAAUCCUGUGUAGCAGGCGCUUGGAAGUAGUGGGCGAAAGAGAGAACGGGCGCGCGCGAGGGAGACAUGCGUGUCUCCUUCUCGUGCGCCCUUUUUUCCUUGUGCCUACUACUUCCAAGCGCCUGCUUCGCAGGCUAAACUUAGCGUGGCUGAACAAAUCCAGCUAGCUGUGAAGGCGGGACUUGAACUCGGGGCCUCUGGAAUAUAAGUUCAGCGCUCUAACCGCUCGCCUGCGUUGCCUCCACUCGUUUGCUCUGCUUUUCUACUCCAAAUUAAUGCUUGAUUUCCUUUUUUUUGUUUGCAGUUACAUCAACGAGCGAAAUAGGAAAAGAAACAUCGUGGAAGCCGAGAAAGCAGCAGCAGUAUGUGCUUCAUGUGUUGUUUACUGAACUAAAUUUGUCUAAUUUUAGCCACAUGUUUGGGUUAUACAGUGGAACCCCGAUAUGACGAAGGGUCAAAAUUUGUUCGCUAAAACGAGGUUCCGUUUUAUCGAGGUUCUUUUCCAUAUGUUUUACUGUUACUGGGGUAUAAAAUAUCGUUCGUUACACCGAGGACAUCGUUAUACAGAGGUUUGUUAAAUGGAGGUUUCGCAGUUUAUCAACGACGCUAAUUUCCGACGACGAAUUAAGAACGAGUCUGCGCAAAGAGAGCAUGAAAAGAAAGUCGUGUCCGAUAACCCGGGAUUUGUGGAUUUUGGUAUCGGGUUAGUGAAUCCUAUUCCUUACUGGGCAAAUGAAAUUAUGGGGGGAAUUCAAAUUACAGAAGAACUGUUAGCAGACUUUCUUUGUAUCUUGAAAUACCUCGUCUGCAAUGCACGUUUAGGUUAAAGAGACCAAUGCUUGCCGUAAAAGCCUUUGUACAGCGCCUUUCCCUCAGAAUUUGUCUGUAGGGGUUUGGCUCUAUACUGGCUAGCUGUAUGAAUUGUUUUGACGAACCAAAAGGGACGAAAAUGGUGCAACUGUAAAUAUCUGGCUCACUGUUUUUCUUUUUGUACUCGAAUAAACGUCCCUCGAAGCAGCCAUAACAUUUAUUUUUGACCGAAAAGAGUUCUACCGUCGAACGUGAAGUUAAAACACACAGUUUAUUUAUGCAUUCAAUGGCAGUAGUAGUAGUCGUAGCAAGGAGUCCGACAUUGUUAAGAGUUUUGUGACAAAAUAUCUGAGUUACAUCAGAGUUUUCCUACGAAACCUCGCAAGUUCCUUUGCUUUACGAAUUGUCCUUUAUCGGGUUAAGUUGAAAGCAUGUUUCUUUACUUAUCGCUGUUUGUUUGUUUGUUUUUGAUAGGAAGAGAUGAAUGUGGAAGAAAAAGACAACCCAUUCACAAGAAGGAAAACACUGCCUCAGCUUGUGUCCAUGGUAAGAAGGAACACCAUUUUAGACAGCUGGCAGUAGUUCAAGCUCGCGAAUACAGCCGUCUACCGUAAAAACCCGCUAUUAAGAACCCGCAUUUUCCCAAGUUAGCCUAAACAGGUUGUUAGAUAAAUGGUAAUUAGCACAGAUUUAGACUAUUUAGGUUCUUAAAUAGGUUUUUAUUUUCUAAGGAAAAAAGUACAUUGUAGCUAAGAGUAUUUAGUUUUAUUCAGCUCAUUCCUUACGCAAAACCAUUACAAAAAACCAUUACAAUUGCAAUUGGAGUGAUAAGGCACCUAUGUUUCCGAAGAGGAUCCUGAAUGUUGACUUAUCUUAUUUGCCCAAGUGUACAGAUUUUUUAUUAUUUUCGAAAAUAAGAACCUGUUUCAAAUUUUAGGCUAAACAGGUUCUUGUAUAGAGGGGGCCUAACUGGCAAAUUAUAGCCUAACAGGUUCUUAAAAUCCCGGUUCUUAGUCGCGGGCAGGACGCAGGUUUUUAUUGUAUCUUCUCCUCGCUCCUCGCUGCUAGGGAGCGAGAAGAGACGACUGUAUCAGCGGGCCACAACAGCUCAUGUCUCUGCUCAAUUGAUCUCUCUACUAAGUUGUUCUAUUUUUAGGCGCUGCAGCAUUCAUGCCAUGCUUUUUGUCUUGUUAAUAGGCGAAACCUGCUUCGAGCCCUGUGACCAGAGUGGAGAACGAAGACAAAAUCGAAGAGAAUGCUAUCCCUUUUCCUGAACCAACCAGAACAGACGAGGUACAUUUGAUUUUUGUUAGCUGUAUGAACACUCAUCACAGUCUACCCGUAACAAACCAAACAAAAAAAACUCAUCCGAUUAUAAGCCCCCGGAUAUAGGCCCCUUCUAACUUGUAUUGAAAUGAAUUCUAUUUAUUAUGCAUGACGUUUUGGAGCUUAAUUAAAAACCAGUGAAUGCAAUUUUACACUGUACCACUAGAUGACACCCGAAAGCUGUGUAGGGAGCGCAAACCAAGAAUGGAGAGCUUAAGCAAUGAGAAUAUUUGUACACCUCUUAGUACGCGAUAAAAAGAAGUUUCUAACUUGGUCAUUUGUUUGUUUUAGGCCUCUACGUCAAGUCAAGCAACAGAGCCCACAGUAAGUGAUGUCGCGGUGUUUGUGCGCUGUAUGCAACUAAGCGUCCAAAGAAAGAAAUUAUUAUGGCCAAUCACAGCCUCCGCAGACAGUGCAAUGACCCAAUCAGGGCUCGCAGCUAAUACCUAACCUGCGUCGAGCGCGCGAAACGCCUUUAAUACGAGAAAGUUUACGAAGGAGUUUAAAUAGGACUCGAUUAACUUGAGUAAACGAGCACCCGGGAGUCUACUGGACAAAGUUUUGUACUGGUAGGCUCUGCCCCGAUGCCCAACCCCUUACCCUUUUAUAUACCAUUUUUACAGAAAAGAUACCCCUUAUCUUCCAUGUAAAAAUGGGUACCCAGUGUUCGAAAAAACGUGAAUUCUAGGUUGUCGUUUGGGCAAGCAGUUCUCACCUCACAGCCACUUCUUGCUUGUCUUUGUUAAUGAUUAAGUGAGAGGAUGACUUGCCUGGACCCUGGUAAACUGUAAAAGCUACUUACCCGGCAGGAAAAUCUACUAGUCCCAGACUACUGCACGGGACCUUUUUUUGAGCCUUGGACCCCCCUAUCAAAGACCGUAAAAUUCCGAAAAUAAGCCUCGGGGCUUAUAUUCGGAGGGGCUUAUUUACGGAGGGAAAUUUGCGUUUCAGAAUUGGGCUAGCCUUAUAGUUGAAAGUAAAUUUACCGUUUUUGCUUUGUUUUACGUUGUAUUUGAGGGCGAUUUUCCAAGUACAAGCCCCCAGGGGGCUUAUAUUUGGAGGGGCGAUUUAACGGAGGACGUUACCCAUUUGGGGAGCUUACACAUGGAGGGGCUUAUUUUCGGAAUUUCACGGUACCUCCUUAAGAACACUGCGUUCCUUUCUAUACACUUGAAGUACAAUCAAUGAACGAUGAUAUUGGACUAGGAGAACACAAGAAAUUACCCAUGGUGAGCGUCCGUUCGCAAUAUUUCGAUGGAAGGCCUUUUGAAAUACCCAAAUGACAGAUUUCCCUACCCUUUCAUGUAUUUGAAAUCCGUACGCUUUUAUAUAUCUGGAGCCUGUAAGUGGUACCCCUUUCGGGCGGAGCCUCCCCGUAUAGGAGCACACCCCUUUCCCGGAACGAGCUCAUUACGCGAGUGCGAGCAAAUUGUUCGCGCGAGCGCAGGUCACACUAGAUAAGAUCUUCAGACUUGUCAAGACUGCUAAGCAGUUUUUAAGCGUAUUUAGUGCGAUCUUGAGGAUUGGAUAGAGUGUUUUAGCUAUCACUUUAAAUCUCCCGUUGUUCAUGGAAUCACCACAAUAUUCUCCACAGUCUCCGGGUGUAGAAGCACUGUUGACCGCGCCCUUGGGCAGCCAGGCAGCAGCCGCUCUUGAAAGAAAGCCAUCACAGUCAGAAGAUCUCUUUUCAGCUCAUAAUUUCGACAUCACUAUUAACCUCGACAUUCCUGCCCCGGGAACAGGUAACAUGCUGCCUCAAUUCAAUUAAAUGUCUAACGUCUUAUUAAGUUUAGGAUGUUAUUCUUUCAUUGCGUUGCGACUCCGCAAAUUUCCCUUUUAACACGUUCGCUGCCAUUCUUAAGACACUUGGAAAAUUUUUGACCUGUUAUUUAGAGUGUUUCUAAUACAAAGAGAGACGAUUGCAACCCAGGGUCGAGCCAGGACCUCGAACCUAGACCGUUAGUAUCUUAAUCUCUCCCUUACCACUACACUAUCACACCGACCCGUCAAAAUUCUGAAAAGUUUACAUAAAAAAGUACCUAAACUAGCAAACUGUCUUUCUUAACUGAUACAUCAAUAACAGGUGACCAUAGCCCUUUCCAUAACUUUUAACGUAAAUUCAACUAGGGCUUCAAAAACGGCAAAGUUCGCGGGUAUCGUAACCGUCGCUUUAGCGAAAAGUGCUACAGUUUCCUCAUGAUUGAGUCUUCUGUCAACAGAAUCUCGUCCAGCGGUAGCUACUCCUCGACCUGUGAACACAGAGAGGGACGGAGCGCCAAGACGAUCUCUAAACCUUGAAGAUUACAAGAAACGGAGAGGGUUGAUUUGAGUUAACAACCUCGGCUGGGUGCAAUUAAUUCAUGCAACAGCCUAUCUCGUUUGCGACAUGUUCAGUGCAAGGUGGAUCGCAUAUAGAAAAAUGACCUUGUCUCGGCUCGCAGCCAAGACCAGUGAAGUUGUCAAUAUUUUUUACACAGCGAGCUCCUUUUAAGCAAGGAGCUGAGUGUUCAAAUUAAGGAGUGAAGCUUUCGUGAAUUUUCCCAUUAAUGAGGAAGAAAUUUCGAUUACGCCGUGAACUGGCGUUGUAGAGAAACAUUCAACAAUGAUUUUUGACCGUGUUUUAUUUGCUCAUCUUUUAAUGGACCGUUUUGUUUGUAAUACUCUCAGCCACGUUGUACAGCGC